UGAAAGCGAGACAGGGAGUAGAGUCGUCGGGUCGCACCAGCAAGCCGGUGAGCGUGGUGUGUGAAUUUAACAUAACGGCGAGUCUACGGGUAGUGCAAGAAAACAAACCUUACAAUGAUCCGUUCGUGACGCGCAACUUAAUAAAAUUUCGUUCCUCGGAACCGCGUAAUUUGAUUGUAGAUCUGGCGAGAACAUUUCCACGUACUUUUUAUAGUCCACUACUCUGUGGGGUUAAAUAACAGACGCCAUGGCUGUGGUGGAAGAAACCUUCUUCGGUGCGUGGGACUACGUGGUGCUGGGCCUGGUGCUCCUGACGUCUGCUAGCAUCGGCGUCUACUACCGACUCACCGGGGGUCGUCAGAAGACUGUUGAAGAGUACCUGCUGGGUAACCAGAGCCUGUCUGUGUUGCCCGUCGCCUUCUCCCUCAUGGCAAGCUUCAUGUCCGCCAUCACGCUGAUGGGCGUGAGCACGGAGAACUACAUGUACGGCACGCAGUUCGUGGUCAUCAACUUCGGCUACGGCCUCGUCACUCCCGUGGCGGCGUACGGCUUCCUGCCCGUCUUCUUCCGCCUGCGCUCCACCAGCGCCUACCAGUACCUGGAAAUGCGGUUCGGCCCGCGCGUGCGGCUACUGGCGUCGAUCGCCUUCUCGCUGCAGAUGGUGCUGUACAUGGGCAUCGUGCUGUACGCGCCGGCGCUCGCCGUCGAGGCCGUCACGGGGCUCCCGAAAAUGGGGGCCAUCUUGGCGGUGGGCCUCGUGUGCACCUUUUAUUCGACAAUUGGCGGGAUGAAGGCCGUCGUCAUCACCGAUGUCUUUCAGUCAUUACUCAUGUUCGCAGCAGUGAUCAUGGUGUGUGUAACUGCAGCCAUACAGGUGGGAGGAGUUGAUGAAAUAUGGAGGAUUGCUGCCGAGUAUGAGCGAAUAGAAUUCGAUAAUUUCAGUUUGAAUCCCAAGGAGCGACAUACAUGGUGGAGUUUAGUGAUAGGAGGUGGUUUUACUUACCUUUCACUCUAUGCUGUAAAUCAAGCACAAGUACAACGAUUGAUUUCACUCAGGGAUCUGCGUGCCUCUCAAAAAGCACUGUGGGUGAGCUGGCCUAUUCUAAGUCUUUUAAGCCUUUCAACAUCUUUCUCUGGCCUGGCUAUAUUUUCAAAAUAUUAUAAUUGUGAUCCACUUGAUCUUGGUCGCAUUGCUUCAGUAGAACAGCUAAUGCCUCUGUAUGUGGUAGAUUCAGUGUCACAUAUACCAGGACUGUCAGGACUUUUUGUGGCUGGAAUAUUCAGUGGAUCACUCAGUACGGUGUCAUCUGCUGUCAACUCCCUAGCUGCUGUGACAUUGGAGGACUAUCUGAAACCAAUAUAUCGAUUACUUUAUAAAUCUGAACUACCUGAGAGACGUACUAGUCUUUAUACUAAAAUAUUAGCCUUUUUGUAUGGACUGGUAUGUUUGGCAGUUGCAUUUCUGGCACAGUUCCUGGGUGGUGUACUUCAAGCAAGUCUAACAAUUUUUGGAGUUAUUGGUGGUCCAUUGCUGGCCACUUUCACUCUAGGCAUGUUUGUAAUACUUGCAAAUGAAGUGGGAGCCUUUGUUGGCCUCCUGUUUGGUUUGUGCAUUUCCAUGUGGCUUGGUUUUGGAGGACCCAAGCCCCCUCUUAGAAAGCUUCCUACAACCACUGAUGGUUGUUUUGAGGGAAACUUGACGUUUUUUACUACUGCAACCCCUGUCACUCCAACAGAACCAAACACCAGCUCUGGAGAGUAUUUCUACUUAUACAGUCUUUCAUAUCUAUGGUACAUUGUUCUUGGAUUUUUAAUAACAUUAUUUAUUGGGACCAUUGUGAGUUGUCUUUACAAUUGUUAUGCCAAGAAAAUUGAAACAGAUUUAAAUCCCGAUCUAUUUUCUCCAUUUGUAAGAAAAUAUGUGAAGAGGCGACAAAGAAAAUACCAAGCUGACACAGUUAUGAUACCAGCUCUUAGAAAUGGUACUGACAAUCAUUUAUCGGAACCUAAACUGGUGGGAUCACCCCAUUAACCUGAAUUUUCUAUAAAUAUUUUUUUAAAAUUUGAUAGAGAGAUUUAUUUUUACUUGAGUACUAUAUGGAGAUACUGACUUCAGAUGUUGCAAGACACAACUUAUGUUUUGUAAACAUGAUUAAAGCAUUCCCAUUACUGCCAAACUGAAUGACAAAAUAAUAAGAUUAUUUUACAAACGUUCAAUUAGAGUAAAAUGUGAGUUAUAAAAUAAUUUAAUAUUCUCAAGGGUUUCAAUAUUGCUAGGUUUCUGUUUUGUGAAGACUGAUCUAUUGACCCUUCAUAAUCAAUAACAACUUAUCAUCACUGACUUGAACAAAGGCUUACAGUACAGAUUCUUUUUUCCCCCAUUAUAAUGACCAUAUACUCAUGUGAGUGAUCAGGGAAGGCAAAGCAGUUGAAGCAGGUGCUUAGGACCCUUAAUAUUUUUUUAUAAAAAUUUCAUAUCAGUUCAUAAAUAUGCAAAAAUAUUUUUAAAUUAAUUUUUUCAAGAUUAUAAUUUAUUUUUGUAUUCAUUUUGAUUAUGUAGUUCAAUACUAUUAGGGGUCCCCAUAGUUUGGCCAUGCUUAGGACUUUUUAAGAUAUUAAUCCGGCCCUGUGUGUAAUUCAGUAUUGAUUUCAUUUUUAUUUUCAAUGUUUAGUAUUGUUUAUUUUUUAUGUAUGUUAUUUGAACAUGGUGUUGAGCAGUGUGUGAUUUCUCAUGGUUAUAAAUUCAAAAAUUUAACAAUUUAUUUUCCAUUUAAUAAAAUUAUACAUUAUUGUUUCCACGCCAUUCCAUCUUAAGACUUUCCAGUUUUUUUAUUUCCAAAUUGCCAACAAUACUCUAACCUUGAAAAGGUGCUUCAAUCUAGCUAACUCUGGCUAAUCAGAUUUUAAUCAGGUGUCUCAGAUUAAGUACCACAAGUAAUCCCAGAAAUUCUAAGAGGAAUUUUAUUACAAUUUAGCCACACUUCACUUUGAAAUUUCAUUAAUAUUAAUAUAUAGUGAUGAAUGGACAGACAAUAAAAAAUUGUCUUUAAACUGACAUUAUGUGAUUCAUUUGCAAUGAAAUGAGGAAGAGAUAGGUAUGACCAGCACAGAAACAAAUGGGUAAGGGUUUUUAAAUUUUAUAAUUUGAUAAAUUUUUUUAUCUGUGAAGAGGGAUUUUGCUUUCUCUCCCCAGUAGGUUUGCAAAUUGUUUUCAUAUUUUUAAGAUCCUUUAAAGAGCACUGUUAACUGGGAUAUAUGAAUUAUAUUUCAAUAAGUGGCAAAAGUAAAAUUAAUUUCAAUUUUUUGCAAGUGAUACCUGUUGAUGAUGCUUCCCAGUUUGAAAUUAUUCAAUUAAAAUAGAUUAAGUGGUGAAAUUAACCAUUCAAUGCAGAGCCUUGGUUAAAUCUGGAAGCAUUGCAAUGUAGAGAAAGGGGCUGUGUGUGUAUGUUGCUGUAAAGCAUACCAGUUGCUCUGUGGUCCCUUACACAGCUACAGUAGUCUUCCUACACAAUAUCUUGCUGCUGAAGGAAAAAUCCUAUGAUGUACAGAAAUCCACAAAUAGUGGGGAAGUGAUUAUGCCAUCUCAAGAUGUCAUUCUGCGAUGAAAUGUUAAAAAUACUUUAUAGGAUUAAUCAAAUGGCUUGGCAGCUAGGAAAGUCAAUUCUGUUAUAUGUGUUAUUUGUUAUUAUUUAUUUGUUGUUUAAGAGAAUUGCAAUUAUUGUUACUCAGUAAUAAAAUAGGUUAAUCAUGAAAUGCUAAAUUAUGGUUUUAUGUAUAUUUAAUUCUAACUUUCAUUUGUUCAGUGAUACUCACAGUUUCAAAAUGAACAAACUUUUAAAUAUUAUAUAUAAUCUUCUCAAUUCGCAAUGUAUAAAAUUUGGAACUAGUUCAAAACAUUUCAGAGCAGAAAUUAAAUCAUGCUAUUCAAUAUAUUGUUGGUUUUCCCCCGACUAUUUAGAAGAGGGUUGCAAAUGUGAUAGGAAAUAUUUGAAAUUCGUUUUUGUUGAAAUAUGACUUGUUAAUACUGCUUAUUUUUUAAAAGUUAAUUAUUUUUAGUUUUCUAAUUUUAAAGUGAUAAAAGUGAUUAAAAGUAAUUUCACUCUUGUAUCAAAAUAUUGAGCAGUGAUGUCUCAUUUGCUUUAAAGUUAACUAGUAGUGAUAAUCAUACAAUUUGAUUUCCUUAUUUCAUAGAAAGUUUGUGGAUAAUGACAUUGAUGAAUUUGGGUUUUAUUUUUUGUUUAUAAUAGAAUUUAUGAUCUUCAUAAGUGACUGAAUUUGUAACAGUUCUCCACAAUAAUUGUUUUUUUUUAAAGAUUUAUGAUCAUUUGUUUUGAUAUUUAGAAUUGAAUUGAUAUGUUAAGAUUUGUGAAGUAUAUAGAUUCUUAUAAUUGUUAAUUUACCAUACUCGAUUCUGUUUCCUGGUUUAUAAUAUUUGUUUCUUUUUGCCCUGAAUAUAUGAUAUUGGUUACUAUACAUACAUACAUACAUUCAUUCUUUUAAUGUGAAAGAAGUGAAAUGGAAAUAGAAAUUUCUGGAAGUUACAAUGUAAGGAACUAAAGGAAUUUGGAAUUAAUGGAAUGGAUAUACCAGCUCAAAUAAGUAUGAUUAUGAAAAAUUACUGGUUAAUAUUUUUUGAGAAUUGCAUAAGGAAUAGAAUGAACUAGCUGUUGUGAUAUGAAUGAUGUGAAAUUUUUUUAUAUAUACUGUUACAUUGGUAUCAUUAAUAGCAGUAUGUGAUAUAAAUAUAAUAUAUAUAAUAUGGGUUUGAAAAAGUCGCAAAACAUUUUAUAGAGGUAUAUCUGUAGCAAUUUUCAUGUUCUCAUAUUUUUAAUCUUAUUUGUAUAUUUUCAUGGACCUAGCCAUGGGGGAGCAGGGGGCCAACCAGCCCUCCACUAAAUCUUUGAACCACUAUCCUUUUUCAUAUAAAAUAUACCAUCAAAUUACUGUACACACUUUUUUCCAAAUUACUUGUUCUUAGAUUAAUUUUAAGGCAACAUUUGGCAAUUCUUGCUCCAUCAUGCAUCCCUUGUAGAACAGCAAUCAUUCAUCACCUUGCUGAGGGUAAACAUCUAAAUAAGAUAUAUCAUAUUAAGAGAAUAACUGACUGGAUAAUGCUUAUUGAAUAAAAGACAUGCAAUUUAUUUCAGAAAAGAAGAAAAAAUAUAAAAAUUAAAUAUUUAAGAUACUCUUUUUAUAAUAUCCAGAAAAACUUCUGGUGGAUUAAAUUUGUUUUCCUUCAGUUACAUUCUAAAAACCUUUUUUGUGUAAAGAUUUAAUAUUAUGAAAAAGUUAACCUUUUUUAUCAACUUCAUAAUUGCAAUUUUGAUUGUUAGAAAAAGUUCAUUGUUAUGCUAAUAUUUUUUAUUUAUUUAUACAUUUUUUUAAUUAAUACCUAAUUGAUUGUUAUUUAAUUGUAAUUCAGUGCUUGGUUUAUAAAAUUUUGACUUCUGAAAUGCACCCCAAAUGAAUUAUUAAUUUAAUAAAAAUAGUUAUAUAUUUAUAAUAUAAUUUAAUAAUUAUUUCU